AUGGAGCGUGAUCCCACAGCUCCAUUAUGCGGCCUGACCUAUGGGCAGCUCGCACCCAAACCGAUUAAAUGCUUCUCUGGGUCUGAUGACCAAGAUUUUGAAGCGUGGCUAAGAAAAUUCGAAGAUACUGUCCGUAUGGUAAAUCCCCCUUUACCGGACCAGCUAAGAAUCAAUACCUUGGUAGGAUUUUUAGAGGGAGGGGCGCGCGACCUCAUUGAUGACCUAUCAGAGGAAGAUAAAAACUCAUAUCUGAAGGUAAUUGAUCACCUCCGUACGCAUUUCGCAUCACAACAGUUCCGCAGUUUAGCCAGACAGCAGCUUUCAGACUGCAAACAAGGCCCGACCGAAAGCGCACGUGACUUCGCGGACAGGAUUAAGCACAUCGUACGAAAGGUAACGCGGGGUCAACCAAAACAGGCACAAAACGAGCGCCUCCUAGAUGAGUUCCAGGAUCGCUUGAAGCCGGCGCUGAGGUUCCACGUGAAAGCGGCGAAUCCGAUGACCUUUGACGAAGCGGUGGUGAAGGCGAUUACAUACGAGUCUCUCCUUAAUGACGUGGCUAAUGCCAUCACUAUUUUCCCGGGCGCUCAGUCAACCGCGCCUCCACCGGUACGCGUUGUAUCAAUGAGGAGCAAUUCCAACCCGCCAACAUCGGGAUUCUAUCAGAGAGGACAACGUAGGAAACCUCUCAGAUAUUCUACCAACAGCGGUAGAAACCGAAGAUUUUGGGAGAGAGCACCCAAUGCGGAUGUAGUCUGUUAUCGGUGCGGUUGA